GGGACUUCCGCGUUUGUGGGAGGAUCCGGGUGGGUGUUGAUUUGUCAGAAAUAAAGCGAAGAUCAACAUCAUAACAUUGUGUUUUUGUUUCUGAAUAAUAGUCUAAAUAGCUCGUUGCGUUCGCGGUAAAUCUGCAGUCAUGCCGGGAAUCGACAAAUUACCGAUAGAGGAAACCCUGGAGGACAGUCCACAGACUCGCUCUCUGCUCGGUGUGUUUGAGGAAGAUACUGAGGCCAUAUCCAGUUAUUUCAGUCAGCUCUUUAAAGCCAUGCACAGAAUCUACGACGCCCAGAAUGAACUGAGUGCUGCCACACAUCUGACGUCUAAAUUACUGAAAGACUACGAGAAACAGCGUUUUCCUCUGGGAGGUGAUGAUGAGGUCAUGAGCUCCACUUUGCAGCAGUUUGCCAAAGUCAUUGAUGAGCUCAGCUCGUGUCACGCCGUUCUCUCCACUCAGCUCGCAGACGCCAUGAUGUUCCCCAUCACACAGUUUCAGGAGAGAGACCUGAGAGAAAUUGUCAUUCUGAAGGAAGUGUUUCAGAUUGCAAGUGACGAUCACGACUCAGCCGUCAACAGAUACAGUCGUCUGUCUAAACGAAAGGAGAAUGAGAAGGUGAAGAAUGAAGUGAUGGAGGACGUCUACACGUCCAGGAAAAAACAGCACGAGACCAUAAUGCACUACUUUGCAUCGCUCAACAUGCUGCAGUACAAGAAGAAGAUGGCGCUGCUGGAGCCGCUGCUGGGAUACAUGCAGGCGCAGAUCAGUUUUUUUAAACUGGGAUCAGAGAAUCUGACGCAGCAGUGGGAGGAGUUUCUCACCAACAUCGGAACCAGCGUCCAGAAUGUUCGCAGGGAAAUGGACCACGACGCUGAAGUCACAGAGCAGAUGAUUCAAGACCUAAAAGCUGCCAGUGACCCGCUCUACAUGCCCGACCCGGACCCCAACAAGAUCCCGGUGAACCGUAACCUGACCCGAAAAACUGGCUACCUCAACACUCGCUACAAAACAGGGCUGGUGUCGUCUUCCUGGGAGCGGCAGUAUUUCUUCACGCAGGGAGGAAACCUCAUGAGCCAAUCGCGUGGAGCCGUGGCCGGAGGUCUGGUUCUGGACAUCGACAACUGCUCCGUCAUGGCGGUGGACUGUGAGGACCGGCGCUUCUGCUUUCAGAUCACAGCUUUCGAUGGCAAGAAGGCCGUUAUAUUACAGGCGGAGAGCAGGAAAGACUGCGAGGAGUGGAUUGCAACAAUAAACAACAUCUCUAAGAGGAUAUACCUGAGUGAAAACCCAGAGGAAAUCGCAGCGAGAGUGAAUCAGUCGGCUCUGGAGGCUGUAACACCUUCACCAUCUUUCCAACAGCGGCAUGAGAGUUUCAGACCGAGCACUCAAAGUCGACCCAAAGCGGGUCGUUCAGGCAGUCAGUGCUCCGCGGGCUCCGAGUCUCCGGCGCUGUCGUCUCUGUCUCUGGAUUCGCUGGUGGCUCCGGACACGCCCAUUCAGUUUGACAUCAUCUCCCCCGUCAGCGAGGAGCACAGCAGUCAGGCUAAGAGCGGCGCUCAGGGCAGAAGGACCAACCCGUUUGGGGAAUCUGGAGGGUCAAAAUCUGAAGAAAGUGAAGACUCGAUUCUGCACCAGCUUUACAUUGUUCGCUUCCUGGGCUGCAUGGAGGUGAAGGCCACAGAGAGCGCAGACGUGAUCUCUGAGACCAUGAGACAGAUCCUGGCCGCCCGAGCCAUUCACAACAUCUUCAGGAUGACCGAGUCUCAUCUGCUCGUCACCUGCGAAUGCCUCAAGCUGAUUGACCCGCAGACACAAGUCACAAGACUCAAGUUUCCUCUCUCCAGCGUCGUGCUGUGUGCGUCACAUCAGGAGAACAAGCGCUUGUUUGGUUUCGUGCUGAAGACGGCCGGAGGACGAGAAGACGGACGACAUCUUACAGUCUGCUACGUCUUUGAGUCAAACAAUGAUGGAGAGAAGAUCUGUGACAGUGUAGGACUGGCGAAGCAGAUCGCGCUCCACUCUGAGAUGGACCGCAAAUCCACACAGAAACAGAGAGAGCUGGACAAAGCCAAAGAGAAACAACAGGAAGAACUUCAGAAACAGAAACAGAUCGAGAAGGAUCUCGAAGAACAAAGCCGUUUGAUAGCUGCAUCGAGUCGACCCGGCCAACCAGCUGCUGAUGGACAGUUCUUGGUCCUUAGCAACAGCCAAUCAGAGGACAGCGACGCAGGAGAGGAGGGGCUGAAAAAGGGCGAAUCAGAAGCCUGAUGGAAACCGUUCUGUGCUUGGAUUCCACGAACAUCACUUCCUGUUCUUCAGGGGAUCUCUAGAAACGAUGAUGUAAUAUGUGACUGCGAAAAGAAUUAAUGCGGACACUUUGGGGAAAAACCUCUCAAAAGUUGUUAUUAGUAAGAAUCCUGUAUUUUUUAACCAUAUCCGUUACUGACCUGCGUUUGCUUUUCGAGGGUUUGAUAAAUGUAUGCGUGUAAACGAAUCCACUACCAUGACCAACGAAACCUGAGGAGAUGCUUUUAUUUCUAUAGAGUUGCACGUGUGAAUAAUAACUGAUUUAAUUCUGUAUGUUUGGGUUCUCACUGAUCAUAUUUUAAAGGCUGCUGUGUUUUCGUUCAUAUCGCGUCCCCGAUGACGGUGAAUUUCACUCAAAUGUGUCAAGAACGUUUUUAUUAUAGUGAUUCAAAUAAUACUAAAUAUCGUACUUGUGUAAAAACAGGCAUUUUAUUGACACAAAUGAAUUCUUUCUAAAUUAUGAGCUGUUCUGAGGAUCAUCAUACUGUAUUUCAAAAUGAUUUCACGAGCUUAUAUUGUCUUUUUAAUAAUACAAUUCCUAUUUUCAACUCUAGGCUGUUUUUUUUAAAUCUAUAAACACACAUCUGUUUGAUUUAUUUAACAGACCGUUGUAAUAACUCAGUGUUUCCAUCUCAAUAAGAAAAAAUCAUAUUUUUUUGUUUGUUUAAAAUCAUGUGAUUCAAUGCCUUUAAUUUUUGGCAUAUGCUUUAAUUUUUGUAAUUUUUUAGGUGUAAGAUGUUUGGAGCCUGUAUUGCAUAAAAUGGCCCAAUGUAUUGAAACGCUUCAGCUUGUGGAUAAAAGAAAAAAGGUAAUGGAAUUGCGAAACGGAAAUAUUAUUUUUUUGCUUUUCUCCAAAACUCUGACACGGUGGAAGUUUACUUGAGAAUGAAACACUGUCUCAUUCAUUGAUUGUUUGCAUGAAGUCAUCAACAGUCUUUCUGUUGCAUUCAUUUGUAAAUGAUUAUUUCUAACCUUUAAGAAAAUGUUUUAAUCUAAAUGUCUUUAUACAAAAUCAGUCGAUGGAUUUAUGGGGUAUAAUGAAGAUUGGUAUUAAAUUUCUUUCAAAUGCGCUGA